AUUGUAAUCGAUGUGAUGCAGUUGAAAGGUGUUUCCCAAAGUUUAUGUGCAUUUCAAAUAAACUAACUAGCUGUGAUCUCACUGCAUGAGUUUUAUGAUCAGUUAUGCUAAUUGUUCACCAGUUUUGAAGCAUUCUACUUGAAACAACUGUCAGUCAUGUUUGUAUUUACAGACAGAAUAUUAUGUGCUUUAUAUCUUACUGGACAGGAAAUGCUACCAAAAAUGGACUCUCAGGUCGGAAAAUUAAGAAAAAGAAAAUAAUUAAAGAACAAUUGAUUCAAAAAUAUUAUAAAGUUGUGGCGAUUCAUAAGCGUCAGGAUUUACUUGAUGAUACUAUUCGAUUGAUUAAUAGCCAUUGGCCUAAGUCACGUUCUGAACGUCUGUCAAUUUUAGGUGCAAGCAAAGAUGAUCUCCCAAUAAGUCUCAUUGUAACUUUUAAAGAAAAACUUUGUGACGAUUCAGAAGAAAGCAAAAGUUUGAGCUUUAAUGAAAUUUUACUUGAAGCACAAGAAAUUAUCCCAACUAAGGUUUUAGGCCAUUUAAGGCUCGUACCAGUUCCAGCGGAUGAAAAAGCUUGUUUUAUUGAAUCCAUGGUAGUUCAUCGCGAUUACCGUGGAAAUGGAAUUGGAUCUUUUUUCAUUCAAGAAGCUGAGAAAUUUUGCGAAGAAGUUUUACACCUUAAAAGUAUUUUUCUGUCCACUUAUGAUUCAGGCGAAUUCUACAUGAAGAUUGGUUUUCAACUGACGAAGGCGAUUUGUGUUUAUGGCAAUGGAGAGUUGAAUACUGUAACAAAGAAAAUUUUUUUGAAGAAAGAGUUAAAUUAUGUUGAACCAGAGGAAGUUGAAGAAGUUAUUGUUGACACUUACGAUCCUAACAAAGAUUACAAUUACAAGCAACAACAACUAAUAGAAAGUGACGUGAUUCUUUCAGGCUUUCCAUUCAAAUUGCAACAACCCAAAGGAAUUGUUGGCAAACUCUGUGAGCUUAUUGACUUCCCAUCAAGUGCAAUAAGAUAUUUCUACAUGUUUGAAUUUGCCAAUAGAAAGAGUGGCGAAAGAAGUUUUCACAUGAUCAUAAGCACAUAUUCGAUUGAAAUUAAAAAUGAGUUGAUGACCAAACUCGACAAUUUUGGUGUUUUGUGUUUUCAAAACUUUUUUGAUAAGCCUGUGAACGAAUACGACAACACUUUGAUUACCCAUCAACGUCGGUACACAAAUCUUAAUUAUGCGAUUAGUAAAAUUAUGCAAGAACUUCUCGAAGAUAGUUUUAUAUCUGAAUUCAAGUAUGAAAAUUUUCAAUUUCGCGCAAAACAAUGUGAUGAAUGGAUAGUUGUUAGAAAUCUUGAAGUUAUUGAACAAAUUAAAACAGUAAGAUUGCCGGAAAACAUAAUUGAUAAAGAGACUGGAGAAUGGGAUUUCAUUGAGGAAGAAGAUAAAGUUGAAAAGAACCUCAGAAAGCUUCGUGAACAUUUCAAAAUGAAAGUUAAUGAAGAUUGGUGGCCAUCUGUUCGAAGACCUUCUGAAAUCAUUUUAGAACAUUUUGAUUGAAAUUAAUGGAAUUUAGAAAUUGGAUUUAUUCCGACAAAAACAAUGAAAUAAAAUUUCAGUUUUAACAAGUUUUAAAUAUUUAUGACUUCAGCCAAAUGUAGCAAACGUAUGAGUUUUUUCGAGCUUCUCUUAGGAUGUUGAGAUGACGCAGCAUCUGAAUGUAACGAUCAUGUUUUCUUUCCAAAUUUUUAUCCAACACUCGAGAAAUAUCUACAGCGGUAAUAAACUUUAAUCCAGUGAAGAAAGAAGCUUGUUGUUUGAAGGUGUUUUGAAGACUUCGUUCCACUAUGGUAAGGACUUCCGAAUGUUGAUUUAGAAUUUGAUACUUUUCGUUGAACGCUUGAAUGAUGACGUUGUUGAGAAAUUCUGUCAACUCAUUCAAUGUGAUGCGCCCUUUCAUGUAAGAAGAAAUUGUAUCAAAAUCCUCAUCGGUUAUCUCAGUUUCAAAAUCAGAGAACUGAAGCUUGGUUCUUAUUCGAGUUUUUGAUAAAGGCGAUUUGAUGAAUUCAUUGAUAGUAACGCGAUUAUUGUUUGGGUUUAUUACCAACUUCAACGAAUCAACUCGAGUCUUUGUUCUCGGUUCAUCUUUUGCAGCUUCACUUUUUGCUUCCAAACAUUUUAACAGAUAUAACAUUUUAAGAUUACAUCGGGACAUUGUUGCGUUUACUUCCUUAUACUCAGCCAUUAAAUGUUCAUGGUGUUCCUUAUGAGCUUUCUUCAUUUUCGCAGUCAAAUCCUUAUUUUCCUUGAGAAAAUCUUCAAGAUUUUUAACAUCAUCACUAACUGCAGGCAAGUGUGACAAAACUGUAAUAGAUUCUUCAAUGUUGCGAAUUUUUGUGUCAAGUUUUUCAAAAGCUUCUAUAAUGUUCUCCAUUUUUAAAGCAAACACGAUUUUAAAAUGAUUUUUCGUUAAAACUAAUUGAGUUUUUAAUAUUUAACGAAGAGGCUGAGCGGAAAACGAUGAAACACUGAAAACCGCUUAGAAAUGUUUAAAUUUGACGUUAAAUUAAUUAUACUGAAGAAUGAAACUUAAAUGAUCUUGUGAAUUAAUUUAUUCAGCUAACAAUCAUUUUGAAAUUUCUUGACAAUUUUAUAUGUACAUAUUUAAUGUUUUUGGUAGUCAUGAUCAAAUAGGUAUGUUAGACCGUGAUUAGCUAAAUAAACUCGAAAGUUUGUUCCUGUAAAUAUCAUUUGAAAUCUAUUUAUGAAGAUAAAUAACAUUAAAACUCA